UCUGUUAGUUUGUACAUGAUACAACCGACUACUAUAAGCGUUUUAAAACAGUGGCAACAGACAAUAUUAUUGCUGCUGCUGCUGCUGGUCAAUCGUUACGAUAUUAUACAUUAUCAUAUCGUUCGUCGCGACUAACGACUCUCGACGCAUUAAUUAUUAAUUAUAAUACGAUAUAAUAUUAUAUAAUUUUAAUUGAUACGAGCGGCGCGCGUUGGAUGACGCGAUUACACAACAAUAAUUGACACCUACACCGCAGUGGUUCCAAAACGAUCAAGGUACCACUGUACGAGCCUGCACCACUAGUUUUCCGAGUCUCUGCGAGUUCUUCGGUGGUCUGCACACUGCAGCAGUGGGAUAUCACCGCCGAUCGGAACGGAUUCUGCCCAACAGAAUAAUUGAUCUCGAUACGCACGACUGCUCAUCAGUCGCCGACAGCGACGACGACGAAGAUACUAAAAUUUCCCUAAUAUUAUCAACUAUACGGUGGAGAGCAUAAUAUUAUAAUUCUGUCGGAAGACAUCGCCGUGACGGGACCGGUGAAAGUCUGCCGAAGGGGCAGGGAGGGGUCUCGGCCGUCGCCCAACGACCGUAUUCUGCGACGACCUACCGACGACGUCGGCAGCCGCGAGUUACGGGCGCGCGCCCACUUGUUAUAUCGCCACGCGGACCGUUCCGUUCUACCGAGCAGUCGCGCGAAAGCUCAGCAAUAAUAAUUCACGGUGGUAAGUAUAACAUAGACGUGUACAGUAGUAGUGGUAUAUUAUAUGUAUAUAUAUAUUAUACGGUUCCGAGGCCCGCCGAAGUUGGCAACAGUGCGGCCCGAUAUUACAUGUACCGAUCGGUGAUCAUGCGUGUUUUCGUUCACCGAAGAACAUCUUCGCCGCCGCCGUUUGCGUUGUUAGUUGUUACCUCUUUAGCGCCGCCGAAAGCGCUGCCCCCGCCGCGCCGUCCCGCACGCACCACCGUCGUCAGUCGUUCUUCAUCGGACGGAUUUCGAGCUUUUUCCGUGUUCCAUGUACGAGGCACAUCCAAGCUAGUCCGCCUAAGUUUCCCGGGCCACCGUAGCUAAUCCGCUGGGAAAGUUGGAGGUCUUGGAACCAUGGACGCCUAAGAAGAAUCAGAUACCUAUUUACAGUCACUGAAUUUAUAAACAUGAACCACUUAAAAGAUAGAAAGCCUAGUAGGCCUGACAUUCAGGAGAUAUUAUCUAGAAUGAAGAGUCGAUUCAGCAACGAAGGAGAUUCAGAUAAUGAUGAUUUGGCUAAUGAAGAAAAUAUGGUGACAACAAGUGUAGUUGAAAGUACUAUUAAAGAAGAAUUUUCUGUAACAAAAAGCCCUGACGAUGAGAUUGCUGAACUCAUGCUCAAGUUAAAUGGACAAGUAGAUGAAGAGUUAGUAGCUAGUAUUAGAUCUAGAAAGAAAAUGUAUGAAAACCAGUCUGAAGUCGAUAGUACGUCAACUACAAAUAUUUCUGAUGAAACUGAACAAGAAAAACCUAGAAUCAUCUUGACGUUGAGGCCUAAUGAAAAUAAACCUGAUUCUUAUGUGAGUUCUAGCAAUCUUACUGACUAUAGUUCUAAUAGCCCGAAAAAGAAAAAACAAAUUAACAAUGUCAUCCCUGAAGUUAUACCUCUCAAAAGAUCUUCAAGAAGGUCUAACAACGGUAAUCAAUCAGUAUUGAAAUCUGCUAUUGCUCGAAAAGAAAGAACAUUCAAUCUUGAUGUGAAUUCAAAAAAAAAAUCACCGAAGAAAAUAAAAAUAGAACAUGAUAAAGUUACAAAUGAAGUUAAUGUUGUUUCCGUUAGUACAACACAACCUCCAAUUGAGAAUAAAAAUGAGGAUAUUAAAGAUGUACAAGUGAAAGAGGAAAUAAAUGAAGAAAUUGUUAUAGACCAUAAAAAGAAGAAAAAGAGGUGGUAUUUUAGAGGUGGAAGAUAUAAUAUUUUUAAAAAAAAAAUUGCACAAAAAGAACGCCAAAAAAUUAAGAAAGCUAUUUGUAAUCAAAUGAACUCAGACCUUACAAAUUUUGAUGUAGACUCAUCAGAAACUAACUCGGAAAGACAUUCUGUUUCAGUUUGUAGCGAUAUAGGUACAUUGAUGUCUAGUGAAAGAAAUGAUCAGGAUGAUAUGGAUACCAGUAUUUCAACCAUUGAUGCAGAAGAUAAAAUAAAUGACGGUGGUUUUGAAAUACAAGAAAUUCAUUUAUGUUUGUGUCAAGAAAAUAUUCAAGUGGUAAUAGUUGACGAAGGAAAAAUUACUUGUAAAGCUCAUGAUUGCAUAGAUGGAAAAGUUUAUGCAUGUAAGAAUUUGGCUUCUCACUUAGAUGAAUAUGGUAACAUGCCUAUGUUGAGAGCAAAUGUUGCUCUACCUUAUGUCACAUAUUGUGAACAUCAUAUGAAGCGCUUCUUUUUACACCACAGUUGUCCGCGUUGUGGACGGUUUUGCUCAGAGGGAAUAUUUAUGAUGUGCAAAAAUAAACAUUUUUUUCACAUUGGUUGCCAUCAAAAUGAUAGGGGCUGUCUGCACUGUGGUGAUCCUGAUGUUUAUGAUUUUGAACUAAAAAAAAUUGUAAUCCCAUCUAAGAAAAAAAUCCAGCAUAGAGAAGAUUUUACACCACAUGUUACUGUUGAAGUGGGGAGAAUAAAAUUGAGUACUCUCGACUGUCCUCCAGAAAUUGAUAUUCAUGAAUUUUCUAAAUAUUUGCAACAACUUAAGGAUGAAAUUGUUGAUACCCAACGUAUUAAGUAUUCAGUUCAAGGACUUUAUGAAGCUUGUGAAUCAAAUAAUAUAAAAAGGGUUUUAUCAAUUUUAGGGGCAGAAUGCAAUCUUAUGUUCACAUUUCCUAGUAACCAUAACCGAACGGCAUUGCAUAUUGCGUGUAGACAAGGAAACCUAAUGAUUGUAUAUAUAUUACUAAAAGCUGGUGUUGAUCCAAACCGGGUUGAUAACAAAAUGAAAUCUCCAAUGAGGAUGGCUGCUAAAAGUGGUCAUAGCGAUAUUGUUCAAUAUCUUAUCAACUUUAAUGGUAGCCCUGAAAUCAAGGAUUUACAAGGUAUGACCUCACUUCAUUUGGCUGCUAAGAAUGGAAUGUUAGAAUGUUGUAAAAUUAUACUAAAUUAUCAACCUUCUAUGGUGAAUUGGAAAGAUAAUGGGGGAUGGACUCCUCUUGUCUGGGCUUGUGAAAAUAGUCAUACUGAUGUCGUGAAGUUUUUUAUUACAUAUAAGCCAAAUACAAGGAUAUCAGAUGAUGAAAAUAAUGUUGCAUUACAUUGGGCAGCAAUAUCUGGAUGUCUUGAAGUUGUUAAAUGUUUGGUGGAGUAUGAUUCCGAAGUAAAUAUGUUCAAUGAAGCUGGCGAAACUGCUUUACAUAUUGCUGCUCGUAAAAAUGCUGUAGACAUAGUAUCAUUUCUAUUAGAUAAAGGUGCUAUGGCUUGGCAUAAAAAUAAAGGAAAAAAAAGACCAAUCGAUCUCUGUCUUCCAAAUUCAAAAUGCUAUAAUGUAUUAAAAAAUGUUCUACCAGAACAACGUAAACCAGUUACUGUAAUUCCACCCUUAAAUACUGUUAAGUUAGAAUAUACCGAACCAGAACUUCAGAAGCCCCAAACUGCUGUUGUGAAAACUACUCCAGUUCUUAUAUCUGAAGAUAUAACUCAUGGUUGUGAAGAUACUCCAAUCAGAUGUGUGAAUGAAAUUGAUGAUGAAGUACCUGUUGAAUUUACAUAUAUCAAAGAAAACUGUUAUGAUGUAGGAAAUUAUGUUGAUUCUGCCAUGUCUCAUAUAGCUAGUUGCAGUUGUGAUGGUGCUUGUAAUACAAAUGAUUGUAAAUGUGUACAAGCUAAUGGUGAUUGUUUAUAUGACAAAAAUGGACGCUUGAAUUCAGAUUUUGAUUAUUUCAAUCCAAGUGUUAUAUUAUAUGAAUGUAAUUGGCGUUGUAGAUGUCAUAAACAACGAUGUGGCAAUAGAGUUAUUCAAAAAGGUAUAAAAAUAAAAUUGGAAUUGUACAAGCAUAAAGAUAUGGGUUGGGGAGUAAGAACCCUACAAUCAAUACCUAAAGGGACUUUUGUAUGCGAGUAUGUUGGUGAAAUAAUUACAGAUCAAAAAGCAAAUGAUUUGAAAGAAGAUUCUUAUUUGUUUAAUUUAGAGAACCCUGGAGCUACUGAAUUAUAUUGCAUUGAUGCAUAUAACUAUAGCAAUGUGUCACGUUUUAUUAACCAUUCGUGUGAUCCAAAUCUUAUGUCUGUUCGAUCAUUUAUCAACCACCAUGAUAAAAGGUUUCCUAGAAUAGCAUUUUUUGCUGUCCAAGAUAUAAAAGAAAAUGAACAAUUAAGUUAUGAUUAUGGUACUACUUUCUGGAAAGUGAAGGGUGGCUUGUUCACAUGUAAAUGUGGUAAAUCUAACUGUAGCUUUUCUGAUGAAGCCAUUAAUAAUCUUCACAUAGAUUCAGACAAUGAAGAAAUAGAACCAGAUGGAAUUUCUGAAAAAAGUAAAACAGAUAAUAAUGAACUUCCUAAUGAUAAACCAUUAAUUACAAAAGUACCUGAGACUAAUAAGACAGUUCGUAACAUAUUACGUCAAAGAACUAGAUUAUCUGUUGCUGUUAAUUCAUUACAACAAAAAACAAGCUGUUUAAGUCCGUCCAGUACUGAAAGUUCUAUAAGCAGUAUUAAAAAAAAUGAUUCCAGAGUGGUGAACAUGAUAACCAUACCUGAAAAUAAAUUACUCGGGAAGACUAAAACUAUUAGUUUAAGUAGUAUUGUGAAAAAUAAAGAAUCCCAUACAAGUGAAUCUAAACAGUUGGUAAAAGUAACUGAUAAACGGUCAUCAAAAACUAUUGGAUCAAAAUUAAUACAAGAUAAAUUAAAACAAGUUGUUUUAAAAAAAGGAUUAGAGGACAAAUUGUCAAAUGGAAACUCUAGUCCAUCAAUAAGUAAAAAAAUAAUCACUGAGAAAAAAAAGGUAGAAACAACUGAAAAAAGCAAACUUUGCAAUGGUAAUAAAGUGUCCCUGGGAUCAAUAAAAUUAACCAAUAAUAAAGCUAAUAAAAAUUAUGUUUUAAGGCGUAAAGCAUUGAAUUCUAAUAAAAAAAAUAUGCUAAUAGAUGGUACUUCUCCAAAUAAUGUUAAUAAAUGUAGUAGAUUAAUAAACAAUACUAAGGUUUUUAUCUCAUCUGAUACUUCAAAUAGUAACCUUAAAACAACUAGAUAUUCAAAAAAUAGUGAUCAGUUAAUAGACUUUAUUAAAACUGAACAAAUUGAUGAAGAGUCUAAAACCAAACCAAUCAUAGUUAAUGGACAACAUAAGCCUCCUGAACGGUCUAGAACAUCUGUAUCUGAGGAAGUCAAAGUAGAACCUAAUGAUGAAUUAUAUAUUUUAAAUGGUUGUAAUGAUGAAAGCUUUCCUCAUACUGAUCAAGAUAGUUGGUCCUCAACGGUAUCGCUUAAAUGACUAUUACAGCAAUGAUUAAAUAAUAAAUUAUAAAGGUUUGAAACUUUGAUGUUACAUCUUUGUGAGAUUACUUAAAAUUUAUUAAUAUUUUUGGACUUAUAGACUGAUAAUUUCUAUUAAAUUUGUUACUUCAAAGUUAAUUUUUAUCAAAAAGUACCUAUUGACAGUGAUAAUUGUAAUUGAUUCAGCAAUAUACCAUAUUAAAAUCAAAUUAUUUUAAUAACUUAAUGACUGAAUAUCUAACUUGAUUUUAUAAAUUACUAAUUGUUAAAAAUAAUAAUUGAUAUUAUUGAUUUCAUUUUUGAAAUAACACUUAUUUAUUAAACUUGGAUUUUCUUAUACUUUAAUAUUAUAUUAUAUAGUAGUUAUUCCAAUUUAAUAAAGAAAAAAUUGAACUACUAGAAAUUUUAAAUAUGUAUAUAUGAAGUACCAAAAUUUCAUUAAGUUGUAUAAUUGUAAAAUAAGUUAUUAUGUAAAUGACAAAAAAAAAAUUAUAUUUAUAUUAUUGCCUAAGUUUGUUUUGUAUUUGUAGAUGGAAUGCAACUCUAGUCAUUUGGUCUUCCUAAUUUAGUUAAAUUAAUAUAAUUGAAUCUUUAAAUUUUGAUAUAUGUUUGUUUUUUAAGUUUUGUAGUAUUGUACCAUAUUAGUUAUGAUAUUGGUUAUUAUAUUAUUAAUUUGUAAAUAUAAUAUUAAGCCUUUAAAAUUGUAUCCUUUUCUUAAAAUGUGUAAUAUUCUGUUUUUUAAAUAUUUGAUAUAAUUGUAUAAUGUUUUAUCUUAAUUUUUGACGUGUUCAUUAGAUAGGUUACUUAAGUAUAUUGUUGUCAUAUUUUCUUAUACCAUAACCAAUGAUAUUUGUACUUUUUUUCAUUGUGUUAAUUUGUUAUGUACCCAAUAAUCCAUAACAUUCAAUUGUUGAUUUUGAUUACUUUUAAGUGUAUUGUUGUUGUAGUUAUAAUUAAUAGCUACUUUUUUGUUGAUUUCAUUUUGUGGGGAAAGUAAAAUCAUAAACUAAGUCUGGUAAUUUUUUUUUCGUAUAUUCUUAUUAAUGUCAAUUUUUAGCCAGAGUUAAAAUUUUUAGUACAAUAAAAACAAAUGUUUUGAUAGCAUCAUUUUUUUAAAGUAAUUGACUAUUUGUAUUAAUUUAAAUCAACUUAAAUUUGUAAUGUAUUUGACAGCAAAAUUAUUAUAUAUUUUAAAUUAUAAAAAUUGCAAUAACUA